AUGGCCACAUUACACUUUGAAGUUAACACCAAACCAGUCGACAUUCCAAAUGAAGGAGAAAUUACUAUUCACCACCUUGCACUCGAAGGCAAAGAGACUACAAAACUCUUCUUACAGACAAAAGACGAGGAAGGCGAGAAAGACGUCAAGAUCCUCUUAGCGACACUUUCAGAACAAAUUCCACAACAUUCUCUUGAAAUUCCAAUUUAUGGCGAAGACGCAAAACUCUAUUGUGAAGGCAAAGGCACUGUCUAUGUACUUGCCACUCAAUACGCUGAUGAUGGUAUGGAAGGUCUUGAAGAAGAUGAUUCUUCUGAAGAAGAAAAUCAGAACGGUGAGUUCGUUCCAGCAAAGAAGAUGGAAGAAGAAAAACCAAAAGAGGAGAAGAAGGCUGAGAAGAAAGUCGAAAAGAAAGAAGAGAAGAAGGCUGAGAAAAAGGAAGAGAAAAAAGAAGAGAAAAAACCAGUCCCAAAGGAAGAGAAGAAGGUUGAAAAGAAGGAGGAGAAGAAACCAGUCAAAAAAGAAGAGAAAAAGGAAGACAAAAAAGUCGAAAAGAAAGAAGACAAAAAGCAAAACAAGAAGCAAAACAAAAAGCACAAUAAACACUAA